GGAUUGACCCUCUCCAUUUUCCAUUCUCAAAAAAAAAUAUUACAAUUUUUUUCUUCUAUUUUCCGAACACAUUGAACUAAAAAUUUAAAAUUGUGUACAUAAAAGAUUUUCCAAUUCAAAUUCUAGCAUUCUGAUUUCACUUCUUCCUGUCACAACUCCCGCCAGCCACCAUAUCCCUCCCAGCGCCACCACAACUCCUCCCCAUCCCCUCCGCCGUGCCAGCUCUAACCCCUACUCCCGUUUCCCCGUUGUACUUAAUCGAGAAGUUGAACAAAAGAUGCAUAUUAGAACUUAGAAAACGUAGGUUGGCCAUUUCAAAUCAGUCCAGAAGUACCAAGAAAUUGAAAUACUACCUUCCAAUUUUGGUUGAAGUCUAAGUUGAUGAAGUUUACAUAUUUGAGCGAGGGCAAGGGUUUCCACUUCCCGCCCUGCAACAUACUUCAAGUACAGGGGUUUCAGAUUUUGUUUGAUUGCCCGCUGGACCUUUCUGCCCUGUUACCUUUCUCUCCUCUGUCCGUUAAUCUGUAUGCUCAGCUCGAGGAAUGUUAUCAUGCCUGCCCAUGUGAUGCUUCUUCGUGUUCGGAGUGUGGCUCCGGCCAGAAGAGAAAAAUUGGGGAUGACCUUGAUGUGGGCAGUUUAAUAAGUGCUGAACCUUGGUACAAAACUGUGAAAAGCUUGAAGUUAUGGGAUGUUUCUUCAAUUGACGUUGUACUGAUUUGUAGUCCAAUGGGCAUGCUUGGAUUACCAUUCUUGACUAGAGACACAGAUUUUUCGGCUAGGGUAAGAGUGAUAUGCUUUUUCUUUGUGUGUUAAUCUCUCAUUUCGGUGGUGAGAAUUACUGUGUAAACCGUUUAGUUUCAUGAUUGGGUCAGAUAUAUGCAACAGAAGCUGCUGCAAGGAUUGGACGGCUUAUGAUGGAGGACCUUGUUGCAAUGCACAAGGAAACAAGGCUAUUUUAUGGACCUGAAGGGCCUUCCCCUGAAUGGCUGAAAUGGGAUGCGAUUGAAUUGCUUCCCACUGCACUAAAAGAAAUACUUAUAGGCAGAGAUGGAGGAGACCUUGGUGGUUGGAUGCCAUUGUACAGGUACUGAUACUUUAACAUAGAGCUUUAUUUGGUCGUAAUUUUUUAAAUGAUACACCUGUGAUCGUCUACUCGCUUUUCAGCUUUGUGUUAUUACCCAACUGUCUGAGCAAAGGAAAUUGAAAAAAAGUUAAAUUAAUUUUCCAGGUGAUGAUGUUUUCGGCAUAAUUCAAAUAUUUGUUUUCUAACAACACUUAACUUUACUGAAACUGAUAGUUCUAUGUUACUUAGGAAUUCUGAAGACUUAAUUUUGAAGUAUACUAGUCAUUAGAAUGUUAUCUUAUUAGUUUUCCUGAACUGAAGUAUGAAUUUUGGUUGUAACGAUGAAACAAUGAGUGGUUCUUUUGCAUUCUAAAACCCCUCGAUAUUUCUCAUCUAGCAAAGUAGCAGUUGUUUCCAUGGCAAUAUUUAUAUGGUUAAAUUUGAUUAUUAUAUUAGAGUAAAGAGUCCUUUCUCUGAAGUGGCUUGUGGAUUAGAUACAUUGGAUAUGAGGUGGCCUCUGUAGUUCACAUGAUUAUAUCAUUUGUUUUUCCAUAAUGUCGGAGGUUUAAUUGCUCCAUGUCCACAAACUGCCCCAGUGGGAGUAACUUUUCCUAUGGGGGAAGAGUUUAUGAUGUAGCGGACUGAAGUUAUGAAAUUUCAUCAAUUACAUUUAUAUUCAAGUGUACAAGCCUUUCUGGAUAUUUCUGUCCAUCUAGUUCACACUAGUUUUACAAAAGUUAGUGUUUCCUCUUACUGAGUUGAAGUUUAUUAGUCGAAGUGUGGUUUAUAAAGUUGUAAUUAUGAAUGCUUUUCAGUGCUGCUGAUGUAAGUAAAUGCAUGCAAAGAGUUCAAUCACUUAAAUAUGCUGAAGAAGCCUGUUAUAAUGGCAUUUUAUUGCUGAAGGCAUUCAGCUCUGGUUUAGACAUAGGAACUUGUAACUGGAGUAUCACUAGUCCCAAGCAGAAUGUUGCCUACAUUUCAGGCUCCGUUUUUGCAUCAGAAAUAUCAACAAAAUUUGACUAUCAUGCACUCUGGGGAAGUGAUGUGAUCUUCUUCUCAGAUUGUAUAGCAGCUGAUCUUAUUCACAAGGAUGAGGUCGAUUUCACUAGCCCCGGUGCAGCAGCUGAACUUCCGUCAAAUCUCAGUGAAGAACCUGAUGCUGGUGAAAGAAUUUCAGAAUUCUUGCUGAAUCAUGAUGAAUUUGCUGACGAGUCAAAGAAAUUGACUUUUCUGUGUUCAUGGGCUCUCAAAUCUACAAAUGCUGGAGGCUCAGUUCUGAUUCCCAUCUCACGACUUGGUUUGGUAUUACAGCUUUUGGAGCAUCUCACAUUUUCUCUGCAGUCUCAAGCCUUGAAGGUUCCUAUUUAUAUUAUCUCUUCUGUUGCUGAAGAGUUGCAUGCAUUCUUAAAGGUUAUGCCUGAAUGGUUAUGCAAGCAGCGCCAGGAGAAGUUUCAUUCAGAUCAGGGUUAUUUCUCUUUCAUGGAUCUUAUAGAGCAGAAGAGGCUCUUUUUGUUUCCAGAAAUUUAUUCCUCCGAGUUACUAGCAAUUUGGGAGGAGCCAUGUAUAGUGUUUUCUCCUCAUUGGAGUUUACGGAUAGGGCCUUCUGUUCAUUUGCUACAACGUUGGUGUGGGGAGACUGAUUCGUUGCUCAUAAUAGAGGAAGGAGUAGAUGCAAAUUUGGCAUGUUUACCUUUUCAACCUAUGGCAAUGAAAGUCCUUCAUUGUUCAUUUCCUUCUGGAAUGAAGUUACGGGAAGCUGAAUAUUUUCUUCAAUUUCUUAACCCCAAAUAUGUGCUGAUGCCUGAGAAAUUGAAGCAGGACAUUCGAUGGUCAAACCACUCAUAUUCAUUAAUCUACUACCAUGAAAGUGAAACAUUGCACAUACCAAGAGUGAAGAGCGGUACAGAUGUAGACUGCAAGAUAUAUUUGGAUUUUCAGCUUUGUUCAACGAAAAUGGGACAAGAAGAUAUUAACAUUGCUACAGCAAACGGGGAUUUCUCAGUGAUACAAGGCAAAAUUCAAUUGGGUAUUGGACAUGAACAGAUUCUUCGCUCUCGGACUACGCCAUUGAUAUGCAUGGGCUGCGUCGACUUACAGAGUCUUGUGACUAGCUUGCAGAAAUUGGGAAUGAAUACUAGAGUUGAAGAAGUAAUGAGCCUGCAUGGUUCUGAAAGUACUUCUUUUGUGCAUGUGGUGGAGCCUAAGAAAGCUUUGCUACAACUCACAUCAGCACAUACCAUUAUCAUCGCUAAUGAUGAGAGUUUAGCCUCUGUUUUGACUGAAGCCGUGCAGAGCAUUUUGGAUUGCAUUUGAUGUGGCAGCCACGUAUUCUGUCUACAUUAUUUACACGUUAGAUCAUCUUCAAUGCACCGAUAUAAAAUGUGGUUCCUGAUCUCUCCAGCUCAGCCUCUCUGAUAGUUUUAUGUAAAAGGGAUUUCUUCCCUAAUUACUGAAAUGUGGUAAAAAAUGUGGAUCACUUUUGGUAUAUUUUUUUCGUUUAGGUGGAAUCCUGAAUCAUAACCGGAUGAAGUAUUAUAUUUUCCACUUUUAUUGGUCCUUGUUUUCUUAGAAGGUCUCUCUAUCGGAAUGGUUGUUUUCCACUUUAGAUUAUCUUUUAACACCACCUACACAUGCUUAAGUGUGAAAUGAUUCUUCUCAGUUUGAUAAUAAAGUGAUCGAGCACGCAGUUUGUAUUGUUCGUCAUUCCACUCACUAGGAUGGUCUCCAACAAUCUUGUUUAUAGUGAUGGUUAAAAAUAUUAAUUUGUAUGUUUAUCGAUUUACAAUCGUGCUUUGACUUUUGCUUUGAUUCUAUUAGGUUUACCCUUUUUAUUCUCAUUGUAGCAAUUAAUG